CGCCCACUUGCAUCAAUCUAAGCAUGAGCAGAAAUAAAGGGCUGGCUGUCACAGGCCACUAUCAGCACAGUGUUUAGUAUGUUUCGGAGGUCAACAUGGGAAAAUAAGGUUAUAAUACAAUACUAGAUAGCGUCUUGUUGCGUUUGUCCUUUAAGUUAUAAUACAACCGCGCCCUCUUCAGGUUGCAGUUCGUGGUGUUGUCUGCGUGUCUGAACCGGAAGCAGCGAUCGGAUGUCGUCAUGGGAAGCAAAGUGAGUGGCAAGAUGGCAGCUGCCAGUCGGGUCGUGCAGGUUGUGCGACCUCAUGCACCUUUAAUUAAAUUUCCAGAUCGGAAGGGCGUCCCUAGGCCAAACGUACAAGAGGCAAUGAAGGUGCUUGCAGCCAGUCUCCCACAGAUCUCCCCAUCCGCACCUCCACCUACAGCAUCAAUAUCACCUCCACCCAGACCACCGGGACCUGUCAGCCGACUGCCUGGCACCCCUGACAACAUUGAUGUAGUUAGAGAUCUCCCUCAGAAAUACCGCAGAAGAACCCUUGCGUUAGAUGAAAUGGACUACAUCCAGCGUGGUGGGCCAGAGUGACUGUUGUCUGGUCCGGUUCAUUCAAUCAGAUUCUACCUGUCAAGAUCAGUUGCCUGACCUUUUUUUUUUUUUUUCCUUUCAGUAUAAGGAGGAGUUCAUAAUGUCAUACAGCAAACCAAACUAAUUAAAUUAGUUUUAUUGUACAUGCACAUUAUUUGACCGCUGUAAAGCCUGUUUGGUUGUUUAAUUAUUUAGGUGCUCUGUAUUUACAUUAAAAUGCAGAGAUCUUUGCCGCCUUAUUCUUCAGUCCAUCUGUUAUUUAAUGCGUUUUACUUGCUACACUAGCCAGCACCUCUACUGACCAUCAUGAGCAGAGUUUAUGAAUUUCCUCUGGAUUAAGAGAAAAGCACUGAUCUGAGUGCCAGCAUAUUCUGCACGUCUAAACAAAAUGGAUCACUAUGAGUAUUGUGAAACCAAACAAUUAAAAUAUUUACUAAUUUUUGAAAGCU